AAACAUACGCAGUAUCCAAACCCGUUACAAAAGAUAAACAGUUUGAUCUACACGGUUUCUUUAAUUUAGUGCAAGCACAAUGGUUUCUGAGCUUUUAUGCUUGCAACACCCUUGCUCCUUGUUCAACAAACCUAGUACAUUUUAUACGCCACACAAGCACAAUGAUCGUCAUGGCAGCGCCAUGACUUUCAAGGUUUGGUGUUCAGCCACCACUCAAAAUUCCCAAUUAACAAUUAACCGACGCUCAGCCAAUUUUCAACCAACCACUUGGAAUUAUGACACCUUGCAGUCCUUGACAAAUGCUCAACUGGACGAAGAAUACGAGAGUCGGGGAAAGAAGCUCGAGGAGAAGGUUAGGGGUAUGCUGAACAAUGAAAAGACAGAGUUGCUGAGUAUCCUUGAACUGAUUGAUGACAUUCAGAGAUUAGGUUUAGGAUACAGGUUCAAGAAAGACAUAAAGAAAGCUCUUGAUAGAAUUGACAUGUCGUGGGACGAUAAUGUGAAAGAAGAAAACAGACUCCAUGCUACUGCUCUCAGAUUCAGGCUAUUUAGGCAACAUGGCUAUAACAUCUCUCAAGAUGUCUUUAAGACUUUUGUGGACCACAAAGGUAAUUACAUGCCAUGCUUUAAAAAGGAUGUGAAAGGAUUAAUAAGUUUGUACGAGGCUUCAUAUCUUGCCUUUGAAGGAGAAUAUCUCUUGGAGGACGCCCAAAAAUUUGCAAAAACACAUCUUAUUGAACUCAAGACAAACACGGAUCCAGUAACGUCAGAACUUAUUACUCAGACUUUGGGGCUUCCGUUGCAACGUAAAAUCGAAAGGCUUGAAGCUCGGUGUUAUAUCGAAUCCUACAGUAAAAGAUACGAUGCAAAUUACUUGCUAGUUGAACUUUCCCAGCUAGAUUUCAACAGGGUUCAAUCAAUUUACCAAAAAGAUGCUAAAGAUAUGACAAGGUGGUGGGAGGAAGUUGAUCUAGCAAGCAAGUUGACAUUUGCCAGGGACAGGCUUAUGGAAUGCUACUUUUGGGCCGUUGGAAUGGCUCCUGAACCACAAUUUAGAAAUUGCCGUAAAGUGGUAACAAAGAUGUUUGCAUUUGUAACUACCAUUGAUGACAUCUAUGAUGUAUAUGGCACUUUGGACGAAUUAGAGCUUUUCACAGAAGCAGUAGAAAGAUGGGAUCUCAAUUGUGUGAACGAACUUCCAGACUACAUGAAAUUAUGCUUCUUAGCACUCUACAACAGCGUUAAUGAGAUGGGAUAUGAAACUCUAAAAGAAUAUGGAGUUAACAGUAUUCCGUAUCUAACAAAAGCGUGGGCUGAUUUGUGCAAAGCAUUUUUACAAGAAGCAAAAUGGAUUUACAACAAAUACACGCCAACGUUUGAGGAAUAUCUUGACAAUGCAUGGCGAUCAUCAUCAGGGCCGUUACUUCUUGUUCAUUCCUACUUUUCAUUGAAUAAGAGUAUCACCAAGGAGGGACUUGACUAUGUGGAAAAAUACCAUAAUCUCUUGCGUUGGCCAUCAAUUAUUUUUCGACUUUGCAAUGAUCUUAGCACUUCUAAGGAUGAGCUGGAGAGAGGUGAAACAGCUUCUUCUAUACUAUGCUAUAUGAAAGAAACUGGCGCGUCCGAGGAAAUUGCUUGUGAAGAAAUAUGGAAGCUAAUUGACAAAACCUGGAGAGAAAUGAACAAGGAUGCAACUGAUAAGCCUCCACUUCCAGAAGCUUUUGUAGAAACAGCUAUUAACCUUGCUCGUAUAUCCCAUUGCCAAUACCAGCAUGGAGACGGACAUGGUGCUCCUGAUGGUACAGCAAAGAACAGAGUCCUUUCAAUAAUAAUCAAUCCUAUUUCAGUAUUAGAACCAAAAGUAGCAUCACAAUAAAUCAAAAAGAGUGACAGGUAAGUACCAUGUAAAGGUUACUAUAGUGACAGGCUUUUAUAUUUCAGCCACUCAGAAAGAUGAGUUACCCUAGAAUUAUAUGAGCUAUACAUGAAGAUUGUAAAUAUAUUAGCUAAUCACAUCAAUAAAAUUAUACAUACAAUUUUAUAUAUAAA